GCCCGCCCGCCAGGUGGCUAUGACUUUGGCGUCGCACCGCCAAUGAACAUGCCUGUCGGUCACUCAUCGCCCUGAGGAGAUUGACUACGGAGGCAUGGACUUCCCUGAAUGGCACCAGCCUGCAUACACGUCCCCGCCCCCCCAGCAGCAGUACCAGCAGCAGCAGCAGCAGCAGCAGCAGCAGCAGCCCUCCCAUGGAAGCAUCCCGCAGUACAACAUCCCACAGGAACUGCAGCAGCAGGCAGGCAAGGUGCAGCUGUCAAACUGUGCUGGCCGCAAGCGCGCACUGCUGAUUGGUAUCAACUAUAUCGGCACCAAGUACAAGCUGCGCGGAUGCAUUAAUGAUGUGCACAACAUCAAAAAGUUCAUCAUGGAGCACUUUGGGUACAAGGAGUCCGACAUGGUCAUUCUGACUGACGACCAGACGAACAACCCGAGCCGCAUGCCGACGCACCAGAACAUCAUCAAGGCGAUGAAGUGGCUGGUGAGCGACGCCAAGAUGAACGACUCGUUCUUCUUCCACUACUCUGGCCACGGCUCGACUGUGCCGUGCAAGAGCGGCGAGGAGCUCGACGGCAACGACGAGACGAUCUGCCCGGUCGACUUUGUGAAGAAUGGCCAGAUUAUUGACGACGACAUGAAUGCGAUCAUGGUGCGGCCACUGCCGCCUGGUGCGCGUCUCACUGCUAUCUACGACUGCUGUCACUCCGCGUCGGCGCUGGAUCUGCCGUUCAUGUAUAACCACAUGGGCAAGCUCAAGAACGAGAAGGCGAUUACCUACGCCGGCAAGGGCCUGAAGGCAGCGGGCGAGUCGUACCUGAAGGGCGAUAUUGCUGGAGCGCUGAAGGGACUGACCUCGUCUAUUGAUGUCAUGAUGACUGGUGACCAGAAGCUCGAGCGCGCACGCCGCAACAAGAGCUCGCUGGGAGAUGUUAUCAUGUUCUCUGGGUGCAAGGACGACCAGACGUCAGCUGAUGCGAAGGCUGAGGACCUGUCAUUCACGGGAGCGCUGUCGCACGCGUUGAUCAGUAGCAUGAACGCGAAGCCGCGCCAGACGUAUGUUGAGCUGCUGCAGGACAUCCGUCGCCGCCUGGCUACCAAGUACACCCAGCUGCCCCAGCUCAGUACCGGCCGUCUCAUGGACAUGAACACCGUGUUUAUCAUGUAACAUGUAGCCAUGUGCAAGGUAUGACGUUUGGAAGGAGGCACCGACUGCGAUGAUUCUAGCUGCCUCGUUAAAUGUUUAUUCCUGUUUCCUUCUCUAUUUGCCUCUUUUUCCUUUUUGAAACAUGCCGCAUGUUAUCACGCCAAUGAAAAAUUUUCAUUCCAUCGAUUUUGUAUU